GUCACAAUAAACCUAACUAUAAAUAUCUACGUUUCAAUUUAAUUGUUUCGGGAAUUUAAUCAAUUUAACCAUUUGUUUGUUUCCUUACCUCUUAUUUUUUGGUGUCAAAAUUUAGUCCAUAGUUAACUAAAAUGGCAUUCUUGAAAUCUACUUAUGAUCACGAUGAUGAUGAAGAGAUUUCGAGUAAUAUUACGCAACUCAAAACCGCCGGUAACGGCGGCGGUGGAGCCGGCAAAACUACAUCAGCCAGCUGCAGUUGGAGGAUCCCUUUUCAAAUCUUCACGACUAUUCUCCUCAGUCUACUCCUCCCACUUUCCUUUUUACUCCUCGCAAGGCUAUCCGCCGCCCACUAUCUCUCCCUAAUCGCCGGCAAUGAAUCCAAUUCCGACCAUCCAGCUGCUCCGGCGGGAAUGAUCGCCUCGUUUCUCUUCUUGUAUAAGAGUAAGUCCAUUUUCCUCUACGCGCUUGUCUCCCUCAUUACCGCCGCAGCAUUUGUCCAUGGAUUGACCUCCACUCGGCUGAUAUUAUUAACCAACCAGCUUCCGGCGCCGGCGCCGGAGCCCGUUUCCCGGCGCCACCCUAACACUGCUAUUAAGGUCUAUCUCGCAUGGGUACUCCUUUUCACGUUCCAAGUCUGCGUCGGACUUGGAAUCGAAGGGAGCAUUUGCGCCGGAAUUGACGGCUCCGGAUUCGCCGCCGGCGCCGACGAGAAAAUCAACGACUUCCUGAUCAUAAUUACCACCGUCAUCAGAGCAUUUCUGCUGGUGGGCCUUCACGAAACGAUGUCGUUCUGGUCAAGAUACGUGGUGAAACCCGUCGUGGCGGACACCGUCGGCGGCGGUGACGGCGACGGAAGUAAAAUUAACUGGGAUAUGAUUGAGAGGAUCGGCGUGGCAUUGAGCUUGGGAGCUUUGUGGUGGUGGAGAUUGCGAGACGAAGUGGAAGCCUUGGUGGCCGUACCGGAGCUGAUCGCGAGAGAAGGACGGCAUGUUGUCGGGGCGGCGGAGUUCAGCGGCUGGUGGCUGUAUUACUUGACUGUAUCGAUCGGAACGAUGAGAUUGUUCAAAGGCGCCGUUUGGGUCGUCGUCGCCGCUGUGGUGACGUCCUCGGCCAGGAAUGACGUCGACUUUGAUGAAACUACUUCUGAUUCUGACUCCGUCGACUCUCAAUUCCGUCAUCAUCAGCCAUUAGAGGAAAUGGUCUAAUGAGUUUGGAAAAAGUAGAAGAUUAUUUAAAAAUGGUUAAAACUUAAAAGGAGGAAAAGAAAUUUGUAAAUUAGAAAUGGACAAAUUUUUUUUCUUAGUCAUUUUCAUCAAAGCUCAAAAACACUUUUCGUGACUCAUUUUAACGGUAGUUGAACAAGGG